GCGGCCCUGGGGUUAGCACUGCGCGGUUUCAGGUGGGCAGAACGCUGAAGCACACAGGAGGGAAAAAAAGAAAGUUUUCAGUUGCCGAAACCUUAAGGCAAGGCUGCGUGAAUAGGUGUCCCGAAACUUUCACUCGUCCUUUUCCCAGAUACUCGAACACUGUAGCGUUUUCAGUGGACGAAGUAGAGUAUCUGAAUUGAUUUUUGCAUUUCGGUCAUCACUUGCCAUGUGCAAGUCGUUCUCCCAUUUUUUUGUGGUACGCUUACAAGAUAACAAGAGACAAAUAUGUUCACUGGAAGCAAAAGCAGUUUGAAAACGAAAUAGUGUCUCGAGGUCAAAUCUUGCAACUCAGCAACGUAUAGAUUGUCGUUCAGCUCUCAGCUGAGAUCUGAAAUAAGACGACGUUUUUAGAGGGGAAGCCACGUCUUCGUUGUGAUGAUGUUAUGGUCAAUUGAGAGUGAAACUAAUGGUUUGAAGUGUUGUGAAGUCUGAUAGUUUCAUUCUUCUUAGGUGCAGGACUGUUAUCAUUGUGUCCAUAUUAUUUCAGACAGCUGCAUCCGUUUUAUAAACUUUUGUCGUUCGUCCAUUAUUCCCCCCUAGUCUGUCUGCUAUACACAGCUCUCCCUUUCCCUUCCCCCCUUCAAGGUGUGUUUUUGAUCUGUGCACCUGGUGUGAAUGUAAAGGUUUUCUUCUGUCAUUGGAAUUGCUGCCUUUGCAGAGGCUGAGCUGUUGAAAAAUGGAAGAUAAACAAAUUGCUGACUACUUUGUUGUAGCUGGAUUCACAGAUAAAUCAAUGCCACUUGAAGACUUUUCGUUUGAUGGGAAUCAACUUAAGUCAACCUACGAUCAAGCACCCAUCACAGAUAUUACUGUCAUCAUCCCAUCCUUGGGUGAAGGCAUCCCACAUGGUUUUACUUGCAUAGAAUACACCCCAACUGGUUUAACAGCUGAUCUCAACUAUGGAAGCAUACGAAGCCCUGAAGUUUUUUUGUGUUAUCGUAGGAGUCGUGAACGCCCACCAUUGUUUGAUAUUGGGGUAUUGUAUCAAGGAAAGGAACAAUUAAUGUCAGAUGCAGAAGUUGUCUUGUCAACACCAUAUGGAAGGCCAGCUAAUGUAAAUAAUUCAGCCAAUCAACACACAUAUGUAACAUAUAGAAGAGCCCCUGAUACAGCCCCCUGCAAUGAUCUUGUGGUGUCAGACAUUUGUGUGGUCAUAACCAGUAAAGGCGAACAGCCUCCGCACGCGUAUUGUAUGAUCAAAAAGAACCUCAACAAGGGAAUGUUGGGUGCAGAUGUAUACCUCUGCUACAAGAAGUCGAUGAACAAACCACGCUACAUAGCCUAUAGACCCGGCAUUCAGGCGCGUUUCCCUGAAGAGGACAUUCCCCACAACCCCAUGCCGGACUCAGUACCGUUGUUUUGUUUGCCAAUGGGCGCUACUCUGGAGUGGUGGCCGAUUAACGCUGCAACCCCAAAACCAGUAUUCUCCACUUUUGUCUUAACCGUGUCGGAUGCUGCAGAGAAGAUAUACGGCUCAGCCGUCACGUUUUACGAGCGGUAUCCCGAAGAAAAAAUGACUAAGGAACAAAAAGCCUGGCUGGAUAUGGAGGAUGUAAAUGAUGGAACAACUGAGAAAGACUACACUGUCAACACCAUUAAAUCCAUCUGCAUCCUAUCUCAUUUUCCGUUCUUUGAUACGUUCGAAAAAUUUCUACGAUUUCUGCACAAGGUGGCUCAUUCAGGGCCUUAUCCAGUUCCACUUGAAAGGUACAUCACACAUUUCAUGUAUGACGUGCCAUUUCCGUCACCGCAACGUCCUCGAAUUCUCAUUCAGCUUUCGGCCACUGACCGGAUUGCACUAGCACAGUUAGAAGACCUCCCAUUGCCUCGACGUGGGGCAAGCUUUAAGAGCAUGUUACUUAAUUUGGGACCGGACGGAUGUCUUCAGCUGCUACUUUUGGCCUUAACAGAGCAAAAAAUUUUGAUCCAUUCGCUUCGUCCGGAUGUUUUGACGGCAACAGCGGAAGCCCUGGCUACGAGUAUAUUUCCUUUCAAGUGGCAGUGUCCUUACAUCCCAUUGUGCCCUCUUGGGCUUAGCGAUGUCCUGAAUGCCCCGCUUCCUUAUCUCAUUGGUGUAGACUCUCGCUUCUUUGAUAUGUACGACCCACCAGCCGAGGUCAGCUGCGUCGAUCUUGAUACCAACACCAUAUCUGUGUCGGAGGAGAAAAAACCAUUACUUUCAGUUAAACUACUGCCCAAGAAAGCUGCCCGAACGUUACGGGCGACGCUACAAUAUCUAUACGAAAAGCUGUAUUCAACUUUUUGGAGCGAGAGAGGCAAGCGCGGAGACGGUUCUGAUUCCUCUUUAGACCGAGAUUUCAAAAUUAAAAAGAAGGAGCUUUUACUGGAAUUGGAAAUUCAAGAGGCUUUCCUCAAAUUCAUGGCGUCGAUCCUGCGUGGCUACCGAUCCUUUUUGUUGCCUAUCACCAAAGCGCCGACUGUAGGUGCAACGGAUCCCAACUCGCUGUUUGAUCUUCAAGGGUUCUUGCGCUCGCGUGACAAAGCCUAUGUUAAAUUCUAUUCCCUGAUGAUGAAAACGCAGAUGUUCAUCCGUUUCAUCGAAGAGCGCUCCUUUGUCUCUGAUAUGGAUUCAAGCCUGGCCUUCUUUGAUGAAUGUUCCGAUAAAACCGAUUUGGAUGAUGGUGAAACUAAGCUGUUGGAGCUUGAUGAUUCGCAUCACAGCGAACGCACAGUUUUUGUCACUCCUCCGGAGCCAGUCGGCCUUCCACCUGCUGUUACCUAUAGUUAUCAGCAAUUCGGUACCUUGAAUCCGGAUUUGAUGCGUCGACCGGUGGAUGAAUCUUCACUAGACCCGUCUUUAGUCGGCAGUAGCACGAAACCGCGAUCUAACAGUGGGAAUGCAUGUGGAUCGGCUUUACCUCCACCAAGUAGUCCUUUAGCCCGAAGAACAAAGCAUGAAAUUAAGAACUCUCAAAAGUUCGCCAAAAAAUAUGCGGAAACUCCAAUGUUGUGGGCCAAAUGUCUGCUUAAUACUUGCUUCAGUAUCUGGUUUAUUCAUCUUCCAAGUCACAUUUUGGCAUCAAACUCUAAACUAACAACCUUGAGGUCAGCUUACGCCAUAUUAGUAGCCAUGCAGAAGCUCCGGGUCCUUCCGGCUGACGAAGUUUGUUAUCGAGUGAUGAUGCAACUUUGUGGUGUGUUGGGUCAACCUGUUUUGGCUGUCAAAGUGCUCUUUGAAAUGAAACGACAUGGAGUGCAGCCGAAUGCAAUCACCUACGGCUUCUACAAUAAGGCAGUACUCGAGGCUCAUUGGUCAUCAGAUAUGGCGAACCACAGCCGACUUCUUUGGAAUAAACUGCGAAAUGUAGUGACUGCGGCAGGACUCUUCCGUCAAGCAGGAAGAAAAGCUGCUCAGCGAAGAUUAUCCCAGUAUUCCUCGACAGAUGAAGGCGAUCUAGCUUCCAAUUCUGAUGGGGACGGACUUUCACGGACAUCCGUCGACUCUGCCCAAGAGGGUCACCAUACGGGCGGAGUCGGAGGUGCUCCAAUAAUAUAUCGAAACAGCGCAGUGACCAGUAGCCAAUCGGAUGUCGGCUAUAGUUCUAUGAAAGAAGAUGGCCAAGCAAAUCAAAAACCCAAGAGCUCAAGUCAGAAAGAUCUACCAACGGCUUUGAAGGCUGAGGAGUCGGUAGACAUUUGUGGCUCCCGUGCGACCGGUAACAAAAUGGCCAAAACGGCCUCUGCUGUCGCACCGGUCGCCGUCCGACUGGAUUUUUCCCAGUCGGACGAGUUCCGGACGCGUGUUGGGAGCAUCGUCAGAAAAUCCGCCAACGCAGUUCCUCACAAAAGUGUUGACAGUGCAGCUGGUGUUCUGAUGAGCAGCCUGGGCAGCGGCGGUGGAACACUGAGUCCCACUGAAGCUACGGAACUUAAAGCAGCCCUGGACGUUGCCGGUCAUAACUUGUCUCAUCCUUCACCACAGCAAGCCAAAGGAGCCACACUUCCGCGGGAGAAAAGUGCUAUAACACCGAUUGCGUCUAUUACCUCAACUCCAGACGCUUCUAGUCAGACCAAGUCGAGUUCACAGAGUGCGUCGACCGCUUCUUUAUUCAGAUCGGCUAGCCUACGAUUGGGCGGGAUGUUUGUUUCGCCUUUGGAAGGACAUCUCAGUCCAGCUAAAACUGCCUUGGCUGAUCGACUGCAGUGGGCGCGCAGUAGCAUCCGUAAAAAGCUGGAUAUGGGCGGACAGCAAGACACCACGUCAGAACCAACAGUAUUGAAAGAGAACGAAAAAGAUGAAAAAAUUGACGUGAAACCUCAGGAGAUGGUUCAGGAAUCGAGUCAAUCAACAUGGAAUAGUGACGUUAACCAUGUCGACCAAGAGGACCGUGCAUCCAAUUCUCGUGUGUCUAGUGAUGAAGUGGCGAAAGUCACCCAGAAUGCUCAACCUACCGUCAAAACCGCUCCGACUUGCAGUCCCGAACGACACACUCUAACCCAUGGUGAUCCAUUGGGCGCACUGGAUAUCAUAAACGAAGUCGCACGUUCAACCCCAGCUUCUGCGGAAGUUUCUCGUCUGAAGCCCUUUGUGUUGCCAGAUCCAAGUGUCAGACUUUUUACAAGUAGCCAUAGCACAAGUAGCAGUGGUAGCAGCACUGAAGAUGAUAGCAGCGAAGAUGACAGUAGCGAGGAAUCUGAAUCGGAAGAAGAAUCGGAUCAUUCUCACGAUGUCUCAUCUUCGGCCUCCAGGUUGUCAUUUAGUCGCUACGCAGGAGCUCGUUGGAGUCUGCGCAAACCGGAAUUCCGAGUCAACUUGGGCGCUCAAGUUUUGGGCACGGCUUUGAAUUCUCUCAGUCCACAGAAUCUAAACGCGCGUAAAGCCGAGUUCUUGGUGGGUCUGAAUAAUCUGAAAUCAGCGGCUUCCAGCGUAGCCAAGAAGUUUGACGAGAUUAAAGGCGCCAUCGGAGCUGGAGUCACUGUCACUCCAUCAAAACUUUCCGGUUCUGGAAUGUUGGCGACGGAAAGUGGAUCGGCAAGUGGAAGCAGUGCUCUGCUCACGGUAGACGGACCCGGUGAUGGUUCUUUGGAGACCUGGAGUUCUUGGACGGCUCAGUGGCUACGUAGAGCAUCUUCAGCCGAUCUAGCUUCCCAGCAGUAUGGUAGUCAACCGGCUACCGGAUCGGCUACGCCGUCAGAGUGGUCUACUACUGACGGUCAGGCUAGCUCUAACAACAAAGGACUACCGUCUUGGACUGAAACGAGCUCUCAAUUAGACAGAUUGUGUGCAUCAAUGCGCUUGCCAAAUAGUGGUAGAAGGCAGCGUCCCGGUGAAGAGUUGCCUGUUGCUAUCGAGGUGAUCAUGACCAGCUGUUCCAAAUGUCACAAUUGCUCUUCUAUUCUUUACGACGAAGAGAUCAUGGCCGGUUGGACACCGGAAGACUCUAACCUUAACACUAGAUGUCAACAUUGCAAAAAGCUGUUGGUGCCUUUCCUUACUACCCAUCUCCGCGAUUUCCGCUCUCAUCCUCCAUCAGCCGUCCAGCGAAUGUUUUCUAAUUUGACGCCGGGUGUUAGCCAAGACAGCGUGAUAUCAUCGUCACAUUCUCGCAAUGGCAGUGACGGAGGCAAUAGGCCAAUCAAAGGGGAAGAACAUUUGUCAAAAACAACAAACCCGGAAAAGGUCCACCCAGCCCCUCUUGUUUCUCCGGUUACAUUUGGACCCAUUAGCGUGCCGUAUCUGAGCCCAUUGGUUCUGCGGAGAGAAUUAGAGGGUAUUCUUGAACAGGAAGGUGAUGUCUGUCUAACACAAGCAAGCUUUGUUGACCAACAUUCUAUUAUAUAUUGGAAUAUGCUUUGGUAUUUCGAACGAGUUGGCUUAAUGUCCCACAUGGCAGCUCUUAUCUUACGUGCAAACAUUGGCCUUAAUGAGACGAAUAACAAUAACGACAGUGAAGCCACCGAAGUCGCCUGUCGUGUACACGCUUCAUGGUCGUCUGCUGACGAACGAAACAUUUCUGUAAAGACUAAAUGGGAUAAUGCCAGGCUGCAUGACGAGCUUGGUCCUCCUUGCUAUGCAUUGUGGCAGCAAGCUGACGAGCAACAUUCUCCGCUGGUUAGCGCAUUGGUUACUGACAACCAGUCGUUUCAACGAAGUUUCCUUGAUGAACUGCUACGUGGCAUCCAGUACAACGAUAUGCUCCGGCCACUGAAACAAAUUUCUUCUGAACUUGUUAAGCGCAAAACAAAAACAGGACUGAUUGCACGACACCAUGGAAUUUAUCGCGAGUUGCUUUUCCUCUCGUUCGUUGCUAUUGGACGAGAAAAUAUUGAUCAAAUCGCAUUUGAUCGAGAAUAUAGACUAGCCUACGAUCGUCUUGACGCCCAGUCCAUGGCAACACUCGGCAAAGUUGACAGUCCCCCGUCCAUAGCUUCGGUCUUUUGUCGCCACUUUUUCCGGCAACUAGAAUUGUGAA